ACGGUCCAGAUUGCUGGACACAUCCAGACCUCGCCCAGCCCCAGUCGUCUCGCCUCGGCCACAUCACAGCCCUCGUCGCCGCCCUUCAUCACCUCCCUCCGCGGCCUCCCAGAUCCAGGAGGGGCAGGAGGCAAGGUCACCUCAAUCUCAGGAGAUGGGUCAGGCCUUCCGCAAGCUCUUCGAUGCCUUCUUCGGCAACAAGGAGAUGCGGGUGGUGAUGCUUGGGUUGGAUGCAGCCGGUAAAACAACCAUACUCUAUAAGCUGCACAUUGGCGAAGUUCUCUCCACCGUCCCCACCAUAGGUUUCAAUGUUGAGAAGGUUCAGUAUAAGAAUGUAGUCUUCACUGUGUGGGACGUUGGUGGCCAGGAGAAACUGAGGCCCUUGUGGAGGCACUACUUCAACAACACCGAUGCUCUGAUUUACGUGGUUGAUUCACUGGAUAGAGAUAGAAUCGGAAGAGCCAGAGCAGAGUUUCAGGCUAUAAUCAAUGACCCUUUUAUGCUUAACAGUGUAAUAUUGGUGUUUGCUAACAAGCAAGACAUGAGGGGAGCAAUGACUCCGAUGGAAGUAUGUGAGGGUCUCGGCCUGUAUGACCUGACUAACCGCAUCUGGCACAUCCAGGGCACGUGUGCUCUGAAGGGUGAUGGCCUGUAUGAAGGAUUGGACUGGUUAGCGACUACUCUGGACGAAAUGCGAGCUUCUGGGCGGAUAACUUCAUCAUCAUCAUCAUCCUGAACAGUAACAGAUCAUUUGAUCCUCGUGAUACACCGCUGAUUGAAGGAUCAUCUUGUGCUUGGAUCUCUCCCCGCACUUCCUAUUUUUGAUUUUUGUGUUUCCCCAAUUAUUGUUAGCUAUACCUGUUGUGAAAUGGGUGAUGCUCCUAGCCUCCUAUCAUGGCAAAGCUUGCUUGGCUCGCGAAGUUGGCGGUGGCCAAUUUGGUGCUAUUGCGAAGAAGAGAAGCUGAGCCUGCUUAUUAUACUCGUCUCCUAGUUGAAGGCACCUAUCAUGAUCCAUUGUGUGCGAGAGUGAUUGUAAAUACAUCCAAUCCACUGAUGACAUGACACUCUAGUGGUUUGAAUCUGAAGAAAUGGAAUCUCCAUAUUGUUAUUGUGGGCU